UUAUUUACAAUUUUUGAGAUAUGGGAAGAAUUCCAUGUUGUGAAAAGGACAAUGUUAAGAGAGGGCAAUGGACUCCUGAGGAAGAUCACAAACUUUCAUCUUACAUUGCUCAACAUGGAACUCGUAAUUGGCGUCUCAUUCCUAAACAUGCUGGUUUACAAAGAUGUGGAAAAAGUUGUAGAUUGAGAUGGACAAAUUACCUUAGGCCUGAUCUCAAACAUGGUCAAUUUUCAGAGGGAGAAGAGCAGACAAUUGUCACACUUCACUCUGUUCUUGGCAAUAGAUGGUCUGUGAUAGCUGCUCAACUUCCUGGUAGAACAGACAAUGAUGUGAAGAACCAUUGGAACACAAAGCUCAAAAAGAAACUAUCUGGGAUGGGAAUUGAUCCAGUAACACACAAGCCAUUUUCUCACUUAAUAAGUGAAAUUGCAACAACAUUAUCUCCACCACAAGUCCCUCAUUUGGCUGAAGCAGCACUUGGUUGUUUCAAAGAUGAAAUGCUUCAUCUUUUGACCAAAAAAAGACUUGGUUUUCAGUUUCAUCAACAAUUUACAAAUAUGACAAUUACUCAUAAUAAUGCACCAAGUACAAGUCAUGUUAAGCAUGAGGAGAAUAAUAAUUAUAAAGAUAACACAAUUGAGAAAAUUAAGUAUGGAUUAUCAAGAGCUAUUAAAGAAAGUGACAAGAAUUGGGAAACAAGUGUAGGAGGAGCAACAUCUAGUAAUUUUCAUGAUAAUACAGGAUUUAGUAACUAUAAUUUUGGUAAUUUGCUUAAUGAUGAAGAGGGUUCACCAUGGAACCAAAGUUUGUGUAGUGGAAGUACAUGCACAGCAGGAGGAGGAGAGUUACAACAACAACAACAAAACAAGAAAAUUAGCAAUGAGAAUUGUGAGGAUAGUGGUAAAGAAAUAGUAGCAACAACAAGAAAUGGAUCAACAACUAUGUUCAAUUCUGACUGUGUUCUGUGGGACAUAUCAUCUGAUGAUCUAAUGAAUCCAAUGGUUUGAAGAGUUUUGUUGUAAUAG